UCUGGACAGAUGUUCUUGUCUGUCUGCUGAACAGUCAGAUGUGCCCUCUUUCUCCUCUCAGCCGCAGACAGAACAUCACAGCAAUAUGUUUGAUGUCUGGAUCAUGCUGUUUCUCCUCCUGUCAGGGGGGAGGGCAUUCAUGAUCUACAACACCCAGCACAGCCUGUGUCUGGAAGACUCAGCUGCUACAGGUGAAGUCCUGCUGAAGAAGUGCAACCUGGACUCAGAGGGGCAACAGUGGGUCUGGAUCGCUCAGGGAAUGCUAAUGUGUGUUGCAUCAUCCAGAUGUUUGUCGGCCCAGCACACUGAGCCAGUCCAGACCUUGUCCUGCCAGGGAACAGAUGUGGAUACUGCAAGGUUAACGUGGGACUGUGACAGGGACAGACUGAUCAGCAGGAACACGUCAAUGCUCCUGUCACUAGAUGGCCAACGUUUGACUCUGACUUACAACAGCAAACAUUCAAAGUGGAGAGCUCUGGAUGAGGGGGACAUCUGCCAGGAAAAACUCCGACUAAGGAGGGCGUCUGAUGAUCCAGGCGAGUUAGAGCUUGCGGAGGAGCAGGCAGAUGAGAUGACAGCCGAACAGAGAGAGUACCUCCGCUGGUUCUAUCGCACAGAGGAUUCAACCACAUGGAAGUUUGUGCUGUUGGGACUGGCCUUCAUCUGUCUUCUUGUUGGUUUUCUGCUGCUGGGAAUGGGAGCCAUGGCCAACAAGAACAGAAAAAAGAUAGCCAAGUACAAGGCAGCAGCAUCUCUGGUUCAGAGGAGUAGAGAUGAGGAGCUGCAAAUCAUCUCACCACCGUCAUCAUCUCCUGACACACUGCAGCAGGGAAACAAACCUUUUUCAUCUAAUGGAGAAGUGAACGAGCUCGAAGCAGGAAACAUUGUGGUCACAUGGAAAGAUGGCAACACCUCUUGCUUCUACUCAGGUCCUGCAGCACAAGAGGAAGAGCAGGAAGAGAAGCAGGAUGCUCAUGAUGAGGUCCAGACAAUGGAGUAAAGAGUUCAGAUUACAGAUUGAAUGUACAGUGAAUAAUCUCUCUUGAAAAUUAAACUGCAACAUAAAAGAUGUAAUCUGAUUUUCCUUUUUAACAAAUAAUAGUCAAGUCACAGUUAAAAUGAAAAUGCAAAUGUCUAACAAUUUGAAAAUGAAAAUGACAUUAGACAUUUCAUUUUCAGAAAUUUAACAGUGAAUUCCUGUUUGUCUCCAGCGGUUGUAAUGACAGUGAAGAAGUGGUUAGAGGGUGAAUGAGCUGUAUGAGCAUAUUUAUCAGAUUUAUUUAGAAUAUUCAGGAUCUUUAUCAGCUUCUAACAUCAACUAAGAUUAAUAAUUUUUACUUGUUUUUUAUAGAUGACACCACCUAUUAUGUAUGUGGUCAUGAGUGGAAUUUUAAUAAUGGUUCUCCCUGUUGACUCCUUGACUUCUUCCUAUGGUGUUCAAACAUCAAUAAAUCAUUAUGGUUUCUGA